AUGGGAGUCCCAGCUGGAGAUGUAGAAAAAGGAAAGAAACUUUUUGUUCAAAGGUGUGCUCAGUGUCAUACUGUUGAAGCUGGCGGUAAACACAAAGUAGGACCCAACUUGCAUGGGCUUAUUGGAAGAAAAACUGGCCAAGCACCUGGUUUCCAAUACACAGAUGCAAACAAAGCUAAAGGUAUCACUUGGAGUGAGGAUACAUUGUUUGAAUACCUAGAAAACCCCAAGAAAUACAUCCCUGGUACCAAGAUGGUGUUUGCUGGUUUGAAGAAACCUGGAGAAAGGGGAGAUCUAAUUGCAUACUUGAAAGAUGCAACUAAGUAA